UCUAAUAAAUAGAAUUUUGAAAAAAAUGUAUAGUGCUUGCUCUCAAACUAAUUGGUUCUUGGAAGGGAUGGAAGUGAGCAGUAUGAGAUGUGACGUCAAAUCUUGUAAUGGCAGUUCUGUGAUUAGAAUGGAAAAAGUUAAGUUAACGAGCAGGACUAAGUUCUCCAUGUUAGUUCCUCUUUUCUCUCUGUUUCAAGUGUUGUUUAUUCCAGAUAAAAUGUACAAAGUAAUUUCUUACAAUAAGCUUCUUCCAUUUCUCCUGAAGUAGUCAAUGUCUGAAUGAACUGCUUUUGAUGAUGGAUAUGAUAUAUGGGGUUAAAAAUAAACACCGGAGCAAUGAAGCGUAAGUUUUAUGAUAGGGACUAGUUCAACUGAAAAGAUGUCAUUUAUAGAAGUCUGAGUUCUUUUGUUUGAAGAGAAUAGGAUGAUUGCACUGUAACCAUUAGUCUACACCAUUAGUCUAUCAAAAACAUUUUCUUGAGGUGCAUCUUUUCCAAAUAACAGUUCGCAAAUGUUGGUGCUUAAGUAUGUGGAGAAUAUGCAUAGUAAAUUGCCAUCAGAUCAGAAUUUAGUUUGCAUGAGGCAGCCAUUUAAGCGGCUCCUUUGCUGCAUGCCUUAAUUGCAGGGGCAGGGAUCGAAGGGGGCUCUGAAUUUCCUUCUUUCCCCACAGACUAAGCUACUAUACUGUGCCCCAGGUUAGGAUGCCAUACUGUGAAAAGAAUCCAUCUACAUCACUAUACAUUGCUUUUCUCUACAUAUUGAGCAAAGAGGCUAAUCGGAUAGAAUGAAUUCUUAUAAUUUGGUUUGGAUAAUGUGCCAUCUAGAACAAGACAAAGUGAUGCUCUGGUUGCCUCUAAUUGGAGCAACAAACAAUAGAAACUUACUUUAUAUUUGCAGUUGGUUGUUGUCUGUAUAGUUUGAUGUCACCUUCUUGGCGUAAGUAAAUCAUUCAGAAGAACACCUACCUAUGGGCUUAUGUUGGUUCUUCUGGGUUUUAACGUAUCAGCUUUGUUUUUUCCACGGUUCCACCUAAGUAACUAUGUUUCUUGGAUCUCAAUAUUCAUCCUUUAUGAACUGGGCUCCUACAUAUUGCUUCCACACGUUACGAGUGUGCGUACAGCUCAAAGCCACACUCCACAUUCAUUAAAUCAUGGAUUCUCCUCAGUUAAUUGAGAGUACUUGUGCCAAGAAAAAGGCUCAUGCAGCUUCACAGGAAGAGAAAACUUCAAAGAAACUAGAGCGAGCUCAGUGGCUUCGAGCAGCAAUCUUAGGAGCAAACGAUGGAUUGCUUUCCACUACGUCCUUGAUGCUCGGUGUUGGUGCAGCUAAAGAUCAAGAUCAACUGUCUAUGGUACUUUCUGGAGUUGCUGGAGCUUUUGCAGGUGCCUGUAGCAUGGCUGUCGGAGAGUUUGUCUCUGUCUCAACUCAACGAGACAUUGCAAAGUCCAUUGCUGACAACUGUAGGUCAGAGAACGAGCUAAAAGGAGAAGAUGGUGGAUACAAAACAAAGAUUCAGAUAGCUUGCAGCAGUCCAACUAUUGCAGAAACCAAGCAAGGAGACGCCACCAACAUGUCCUUUCGCAAUAUACUAGCGACUUCAACACAAGGUGGAAAGCUGCUAUAUGAAUCACCUGUGCAAAUACAGCACCAUAUUGCUUUGACACCUGCAAGAUCUCCUAUGAUAAAAGUUAUGGAAAAUGAUGCAAAACGAACGAUAAUGCAGGAGUCAAAACAGCUGGAAAAUGACAGAAAAUUAGAGCCAUUGCCUAAUCCGUUGAAGGCUGCAGCAUCAUCAUCACUGGCUUUUCUGUUUGGAGCCUUUGUUCCUAUGGUUCCAGCUCUAGUGGUGAGUGAAAACAGGAUCAGGAUUGGUGUGAUAGUGAUUGUAGCAUCUUUGGCUUUGUAUUUAUUUGGUGGAAUUGGGGCUUAUCUUGGUGGCUCAUCAGUAAAGAUAUCUGCUGUGAGAGCUUUAUUUGGAGGGUGGAUUUCAAUGGCUAUCACAUAUGCUUUACUCAUGCCCUUUGACAAAGAUACAAAGAAUGAUAAUGAUGAUUAAUAAAUCAAAUAGCACGUUAAUAUCGUCAAUAUUACAACCUAGACUUUGUGAUUAAUAUAUAUAUAGAGAGAGACAAUUUUUUUUUUUGGCAUAUGUAGUUGCUACUCAAAUUGAAAACAACGAGUUCAGUUGAACCCACCAAAACCUCCCUAA